GGGUUGGCAACGCCGCCUAGUUGGGCAUUACGGUAGAGGUGGUUGCCUAUAUAAGGGUUGCAUCCCUCAUUUUUAAAGAAGAAUAAAAUUGUAAAACGAACAUAAAACGAUUUGUACCAUUGAGAACUCGAGCCUACCUGGCUGUACUAAUAUAUACAGUUUGAUUAAACAUUAUACAAGUGCCUUCUUAUCCGAAAAUUUAAACACGGCUAGCUUACCCAGCCACACGAAAGCGUUGGAGCUACCACUUAACAUAUGGUCCUUCGAGAGCCGGAUGAAAUAGCACGAGACAGCCAGGAGGAAAUCUAAGGUGAGUCCGUUUGAAAUCGAUAAAUUAGUGCAUCUCGUAGUACUGUAGUCUCGUUUGGUUCAGAAAGUGUAAAAUUCUUUGCAAUCAAUACUAUCGAUCGAUUAUAAAAUAACGUAACUAGUUAAUUCUCGUUUUUUCAAAAAACCACGUGCUUGCGAUUUUGACCACGUGCUCGAUUGGCCUAAUUAAAGGUUUUUAUUAAUUUAAUUCAUCUCGUAAGUCGUAAGACUAAAUCAUGUUACAAGCGGGCGAUGCUCACGAUAGGGAGAACCCCCACGUCGCCAUUAAACGAAUUAAAAAUGCAGGUGCUCAAAUCAAACGCGAACUAUCAAGAUUUCAAACCUUUCUGAGCAAAGGAGAAACGGACAAUCAUCCCGUAGAGCUAAUUCAGGUGCGAUACGACGCAAUAAAACCAAUUUUAGAGAAAUUCAACAGCGUUCAAUCUCAAUUCGAAGAAUUAAUAUUGGAAAGUAACCCAGAUAUUUUUUGCGAAGAGGAAGCGAAUAAUGAAUGGGAGGAGUUCGAGGAAAAAUAUUUUAAACAAUUGGUUUUGGCUGAAACAAUAUUGAAGAGAUCUGCACCGUCAUGUAACGCCGCGAACGCCCAUUGCCAAGCGCCGGCAGGUAACCCUAUUCCGACGGGCUGGAACACGCUACAACACGUGGCUGCUAAAUUGCCACAGUUAAGUUUGCCAGAAUUUAGCGGAGUUUACAGCGAUUGGCAUAGGUUUCGCGAUAUGUUCCUCGCAAUAGUCCACAAUAAUAGCGGUCUCUCAAACGUACAACGAUUCUAUUAUUUGGAGGCAGCCUUAAAAGGUGAACCUAAAAACAUAAUCGCAUCCUUAGCGCCCACAGACUCGAACUAUAAUAUUGCUUGGUCGCUAUUAGAAAAACGGUAUCAAAAUAAAAAAAUUACUAUAUUAAUAUUUACUCUCGUAUCAAAAUUAGAUAAUGUAUCAAGACGCGAGUGGGAAACGUUCUCAAGGGAAAUUGAGUCGCCAAGAACGGACGAUUUCAAUAAUUUUCUUACGCAACGCUGUCAAAUUUUGGAAGCGAUGGAAACCAACAAACAAAAUCACAACUCUAGGUCCCUCGUGGGAGUUAAUUCUGGAACAACCUAUCGCCCCAAAUGUCCCUUCUGUAGGAGUUCUCAUUAUAUAUACUUUUGUGAGAAAUUUAAACAAUUAUCCGUGGCUGAGCGAUUAGCCCAAACGAAACAACAUUCAAAUAGCGUCGAUGCAUAACUCGUAUCAAGCAAAAUUAUCGUUUCUUGUGUUAGACAGAAUAACUGGUAUGGUUCCUCAAACCACUUUCAACAUUUCGGGCCUAAAUAUACCGGAAGAAUUGAAAUUGGCGGAUCCAGCAUUUAACAUGCCUUCCAAAAUUGACAUGCUAAUAGGAGCUUCGGUUUUUUUUGAACUGUUAUCCAUCGGACAAUUUAAACUUGGCAAAAACUUGCCAAUAUUGCAAAAAACGAUAUUAGGUUGGAUUAUCACGGGGCGCAUAACUUCAGCCCACAACGAAGCGGACAGUUUCCUCUCCCAAUGUUUGAUGUCAAAGAUGACAGUGGAAAGGCAACUCGAAAAGUUCUGGGAGGUAGAGGAAGUGCCUAUAGAAUCAAACGAAAUCAAAUAUUCGCAGGAGGAGAUUGACUGUGAAAAUAACUUUGUCAGCACGUUAUCUCGAAAUGACGAUGGAAAGUUUCAAAUUUGUCAUUAAACGAUGUGUUACAGGUCGGUCCGGUAAUACAAUAUGACCUUUUUACACACUUACUGCGGUUUCGAAAGCACAAUUACGUGCUAAUAGUUUAUUGCAACUCGAUGUUUAAAACAAAUCGGAAUCGACAAUGCAUCGGUCUACCCAUCGGAAAGCAGGAUUAUAAUGUCGGAUUUUUAUAUGGACGAUCUGCUCACUGGUAACAAAUGUGUAAAAGUUCUCGAAAUUGAAUUAGACGCCAUUUUUUAUUAUACUGAUUCCACGAUAGUGCUGCAAUGGUUGUCGUGUGAACCACGCACAUGGCAAACGUUUAUAGCGAAUCGAGUGGCAGAUAUUCAAAAUUUA